CCCCGCUGCCCGGCCCGCCGGGCCGAGCCCUGAGCGGGGCGCGGUUCUCAAACAUGAGCCUGAUUGCGGCGUUGAUUCUAGCCGCGUCUUUGCGGGACUCCGUUUUAACGAAUACCCUCACCAUGGAGCAGCUGAGCGCAGCAAACACCCGGUUUGCCCUGGACCUUUUCCGGGCCUUGAACGAAAACAACCCCACGGGGAACAUCUUCGUGUCUCCCUACAGCAUCUCAUCGGCCAUGGCCAUGAUCUUUCUGGGGACCGGAGGUGACACGGCAGCACAGCUGUCCAAGGCUUUUCAUUUCGACGCGGUUGAAGACGUGCAUUCGAGCUUCCAGGGCCUGAAUGCUGACGUGAGCAAACACGGGGCGGCCUACGUUCUGAAGCUGGCCAACAGGUUGUACGGGGAGAAGACCUAUGACUUCCUCCCCGAGUUCUUGGCUUCAACUCAGAAAAUGUACGGCGCAGACUUGGCCAGGGUGGAUUUUCAGCAGGCCUCUGAGGACGCAAGGAAGGAGAUAAACCAGUGGGUCAAAGGGCAGACAGAAGGGAAAAUUCCAGAGCUGUUGGCUUCUGGCGUGGUUGACAGGCUGACGAAGCUAGUCCUGGUAAAUGCCAUCUAUUUCAAGGGGAACUGGCAGGAGAAGUUCAUGAAAGAGGCCACGACCGACGCACCAUUCAGACUGAACAAGAAAGACACAAAAACAGUGAAAAUGAUGUAUCAGAAGAAAAAGUUUCCCUACGGCUACAUCGAGGACCUCAAGUGUCACGUGCUGGAGCUGCCCUACCAGGGCAAGGAGCUCAGCAUGGUCAUCCUGCUGCCCGACGACAUCGAGGACGAGUCCACGGGGCUGCAGGAGAUCGAGAAACAGCUGACUGUGGACAAACUGCGAGAGUGGACCAAACCUGGGAAUCUGGGUGUGGUUGAGGUCAAUGUCAGGUUGCCCAGGUUCAGGCUGGAAGACAGCUACAUCCUCAACUCCGAUCUCGCCCGCCUGGGUGUGCACGAUCUCUUUCAGAGUGGCAAGGCUGAUCUGUCCGGCAUUUCGGCAGCCAGAGAUCUGUUUAUAUCAAAAAUUGUCCACAAGUCCUUUGUGGAAGUGAACGAAGAGGGGACCGAGGCGGCAGCCGCCACGGCAGGCAUCGCCGUCUUUUGCAUGUUGAUGCCGGAAGAGAAUUUCACUGCUGACCAUCCAUUCCUUUUCCUCAUUCGGCACAAUCCCACAUCUAACAUCCUGUUCUUGGGCAGAUUUUGUUCUCCUUAGACGAAAGAGACUGUGGGAAUACAGGUCAUGCCUAAAGCUUUAUGACCUGAAUGUUUAGUGAUGACACUUUUCCUAUAUCUUUACCAAUAAAACUGCUAACACAUGUUUAAUUUCA